AAAAGUAAGCACGUUUACUCUAUAGUUAUUAAUUAUUAAUUGAUAUUAUAUUAUUAUUUAUUAGUUAUUCGUUAUUACUCAUUUCCUUUUUCUAAACUUAUUUUUUUUUAAAUUAAAAUUAACUGCAGCACAGGAUAAUUAUUUGGUUAUUAAUUAUAGAAUUAUUCUAUGACUAAAGUUAUGUGCAUCUACUAUAUAUAAAAAUAUGAAUCUAAAAAAGAAUGUUUGGAUUUCGUCUAGGUCCUUUUUUAAAUGGACUUGGCGGAAACGGUAUUAUUCCUCAACUGCAACGACAUUAAAAGUACCAAAUAUAAAUGACAAUCUAAGUUCUUUUAAAAAACUAAAGUAUCCAGAGAGCAUGUUCGUGUACUGUAAUGAUGUAGCAAAAGAUAUAUCAGACACGGUAUCUGAACACUUAACUAAAAAGUACGGUAACAAAAAAAUAGAAAUAAUUGAAGCCAACCCUGGUCCGUGUUUAAUUACUCAACAUUUAUUGGAAAAAACAAAUUACAAUAUAUGCGUAUAUGAAAAUAAUUAUAAUGUGUUUAAAGAAUUUUUAAUGGCAGUUGAAUCAAAGUAUGGUAAUAGAAUUAAAAUCAACCAUGGGAAUUUUCUCUUGUUGUGGAAGUUUGGAUUUCAAGAUCGGAUGGAUCGAGGAGACAGAGUUUCAAAAUUUCUAUCAAGUAUUGAUACACCACAACAACCAUGGAACCAAGAAAAUCCGUCGCUUAAAAUAAUUGCCUCAUUACCAAAUAAGAAGUUUAUGAAUUAUUUGAUCUAUAGUUUUAUAUUUCAAACUGGAUUGAUGGUUUAUGGUCGACCAGAAUUUUAUUUAUUACUUUCACCAUCAGUAUUUAAGAGAUAUUCUUGUAAACCAAUUAUUGAUAAAAAAUAUUAUAAAACACAAACAAUUCUAUUUCAAAGCAUCUUUGAUAUAGAGUCAUUAAAAACUUAUCCAAGAAAAGCAUUUUAUCCACCACAUAUUUCAAAAUCUGCUAGUAAAAAUGUCCGUUUUAAAGAGUUGAAAGAAGCAGAUGAUAAGUAUAUGGUCUUAGCAAAAGUUGUAGGCCGUCGAGAGGUUUUAAACCCAGAAUGCUUAACAGAAGAUUUAUUAAAACCAUAUUGGUACUUUGUCAAACAUCAUACACUAAGCCGAAAAAACUUUGUAAUACCAAUGUUAGAGCAAUGGAUUCCUGGUUGUGGACCUUAUUUUAUUGCCCAAGGAUACACAAUAUUUACUCAGUUUGGUGAUCUUACACCUCCUCAGAUUUUACAAUUAUUCUUAAAAUUUAUUAGUUUGCCGGAGUUUAAUGAUUCACCUUUCCUAAACUCAAUGGAAAGCAGAAUUGUUAAAUUAUUACCUUCAUUACAAAUCACACCUGAAGACUCUAUUAUUGAACAAUCUGAAAAUAACUCUUCUAUAGACUUUGAAGAGUAUAAUAACAAGGACAAUUAAUAUGUAAGUAAAAAAGACUGAACUCAAAAUAAUGUUAUAAUAUUAAUGUUAUUAUUUAUUGUCAGAGAUUGUGUUAUUUUAUUAUAUUUGUGUUCAAUUAGUAAUGUAUUUAAUGUUUUAUUUUAAACUUGAUGUAUAAGAUUAGUUUUUACUUUUUAAUAAAUACUAAUAUCUGAGUUACUUAAUUAUUAAUUAUAGUAAUUUGUGGUAAUGUAAAAGUAAUACAUAUAAUGAAUAAGCUGC